AUGCCCAUUAGAAAAACCCCAAGCACAACCUCAACAGCCAACACCAUGUGUGGAAGCUACUACGGAAACUCUUAUGGAGGCUGCGGCUAUGGAGGCUGUGGCUAUGGAGGCUGCGGCUAUGGAGGCUGUGGCUAUGGAGGCUGCGGCUAUGGAGGCUGUGGCUACGGAGGCUGCGGAUACGGAGGCUGCGGCUAUAGAAGCUCUGGCUACAAAGGCUGGGGCUACAGAGGCUGUGGCUAUGGAGGCUGUGGCUACAGAGGCCUGGGCUGUGGCUAUGGCUCCUGCUAUGGCUGUGGCUCUGGCUGUGGCUACUAGUAAUGAGGGCACCGUGGGAGACUCUCACCCUCUACACCUGGACGUGGGAUUCACCAAUUCUGAGCCCCACACGUUCUGAGCCUUUCCCUUGGGUGACGAUAUCCUGCAGGAUGAAAGUCUAGUAGGUCUGUUGCUGCCUACAGCCUAACCUACAGAUUCCCUGGAUUUACCUGGUGGAGUGGAAGAUGGUGAAAUUCACCUGUGACCCCACAGUUCCGCCUUCAUCAGGAUGAUGGUGUCACAGCGACUGCCUCG